AUGACAUUAUUAGAGAGUGACAGUGCAUCGACUCGAAAAAAAGUGGGUUGGUACGCAGCCAAUUUUGAGCGUUGGCUGAGUAUCUAAUGUUGUAGAUCAUAAAAAAUGCGGAAUUUUGAUACCAAACAUGGUAUAUUUGGCUGCGUACUUCAACUGAGUAUCUAAUCAAGGUACGCAGCCAAUUGGAUAUCAAAAUAUCGCAUUUUUCAUGAUCUACAACAUUAGAUACUCAGCUAACGCUCAAAUUGGCUGCGUAUCUUUGUUAGAUGAAGUACGCAGCCAAAUAUACCUUGUUUGGUAUCAAAAUAUCGCAUUUUUCAUGAUUAGAUACUCAGCCAAGCUUGAAAUUGGCUGCGUACCUCCAAAUUUUGCAGAGUAAAAAAUCGAAAAAGAAAAAAGGCCUGUUAUGUUUCUCACGAGAAGAGCCAAGUGUGCCAACAGCACUCAAAACCACCGAAAAUUGCUCGAUAGAAGAGAGUCCCGGAUGCACGGGAAAACGGGCGAAAAAACGGGGAGCGGGAGCUGCGGGACCAUCAACAGAUACAUCACAACGUGGAAUGGACGAUGAGAUGAUGGCGAUUUGGUCGAAGAAGUUGAUCGAAAGGGAAUGGUAUCACGGUGUGAUGCCGAGGAAUGAGUGCUGUGAAUUGUUGGAGGCAAGGACCAUUUUUUUUGAAUUCGGGAUGAGAUUUGGGGCAGAAUGAUACCAAAUAUGAGUAUAAUAUGAGCAAUAUUCAAAUUUUCUCUUUUAUUCGAGCGGAGCGAGUGUAUGUCCCUUUGAAUUACUGUAGCCUCAAGUUAUCUGCUAAAGUAUUUUAAAGGGACAUACACUCGCUUCGCUCGAACCGCUUACGCGGAAUUUUGAUCUACACUCGCGCCACGGGCGCUCGGGGUACUGUAGACCGCUCAAAGGAACAUACAGUAUCCCGAGCGCCCGUGGCGCGAGUGUAGAUCAAAAUUCCGCGGAAGCGGCUCGAGCGAAGCGAGUGUAUGUCCCUUUAGAUUACUGUAUGUACAUUUAAAGGCUCCUACAGUAUCCCAAAGCUACAGGGACAUACACUCGCUCCGCUCGAGCCGCUUACGCGGAAUUUCGAGUUACACUCGCGCCACGGGCGCUCGGGGUACUGUAUGAUCCUUUGAGCGGUCUACAGUAACCCGAGCGCCCGUGGCGCGAGUGUAGAUCAAAAUUCCGCGCACGCGGUUCGAGCGAAGCGAGUGUAUGUCCCUUUAGAUUACUGUAGAGGACUCAAGGUACUGUAAAUCACUUAAAUGAUCAUAUAGGAGGCUACAGUAAUCUAAAGGAACAUGGGUUGAAAUUUUGGUUUUAAAGACACCUCUCAUGUUUAUAAUAUGAGCAAUCCUAAAAAUCCCAGGGGCAUUGCUCAUAUUAUACUCACCCAAUUUUUCCAGAACGACGGCGAUUUUCUGGUGCGAAAAACGACAGAAAAAUCGGUGCCCUUCUUCUGCCUUACCGUACUCUUCAAAGGACAAGCCCGCCAUUUUCCGCUGUUUUUCGAGAAUGGCGGAUGGACGUUGAGAAGGGUGCGUUUUGAUCUACCCGCGGGGGUACUGUAGUUGAUUUUGGCGCGAAAAUUCUGCGUUUUUUGACACCAAACAAGGCUGGGGUGGGUUACUGUAGAUGAUGACGAUCUACAGUGACCCUGGGCUUAUUUGGUAUCAAAAAAUGCAGAAUUUUGACGCUAAUAAUCUACAGUAACCCUAGCCUAGACGACUUAAAGGAACAUACAGUACCCCGAGCGCCUUUGGCGCGAGUGUAGAUCAAAAUUCCGCGCAAGCGGUUCGAGCGGAGCGAGUGUAUGUCCCAUUAGAUUACUGUAACUUCUAUCCUACAGUGUCUUGAGCCUGCUACAGUAAUUUAAAGCGACAUACAGUAACCCUAGGCUCAUGAUAUCUCAAAAAAUCCCGAAUUUUUGCAGCUCGAAACGACUCGCAAAUUCCCGCAACUCUUGGAUUUGCUCAACUUCUUGGCCGCCGAAAAACGUCCCCUCAAACCAACCACCGCAACUCUAAUUCGACCCGUCAAACAAGCCAAAUACUACAUUCAACACGACGAAAUCGAACUAAUCGAUAAAUUGGGAGCCGGUGCAUUUGGCGAGGUUUGGCGGGGAAAAUUUGAGAAAAAAGGCGAGGAACCGAUUGAUGUGGCGGUGAAAAAAAUGAAGGGAGAAACACAGAAAUCGAAGUUGAGGGGAUUUUUGAAGGAGGCGAAAUUGAUGCGAUUAUUGACACAUCGAAAUAUGGUGAGGGUUAUUGGAGUUGCACCAAUGGAAGAACCACUUAUGAUUGUUAUUGAAUUGGCCAAGAAUGGAUGUUUGAAGGUGGGUUAAUAUGAGCAAUCAGUAUUCCAAAGCUACCGGGACAUACACUCGCUCCGCUCGAGGAAUUUUGAUCUACACUCGCGCCACGGGCGCUCGAAGGAACAUACAGUACUCCGAGCGCUUUUAGCGCGAGUGUAGAUCAAAAUUCCGCGUAAGCGGUUCGAGCGGAGCGAGUGUGUGUCCCUUUAGAUUACUGUAGAGGUCUCAAGGUACUGUAGAUCACUUCAGAGGCUACAGUAUUCUAAAGGGACACACACUCGCUUCGCUCGAACCGCUUGCGCGGAAUCUUGAUCUACACUCGCGCCACAGGCGCUCGAAGGAACAUACAGUAUCCCGAGCGCCUCUGGCGCGAGUGUAGAUCAAAAUUCCGCGUAAGCGGUUCGAGCGAAGCGAGUGUAUGUACCUUUAGAUUACUGUAGCAUCAAGUUAUCUUCUACAGUAAUCUAAAGGGAUAUACACUCGCUUCGCUCGAACCGCUCACGCGGAAUUUUGAUCUACACUCGCGCCACGGGCGCUCGGGAUACUGUAUGUCCCUUUAAAUCACUUUAAAUCAUUUCCAGAACCAUUUGCGCAACAAAAAAUGCUCAAUCCAAAAAUUGACGGGUUUUUGUCGAGACACGGCUCGCGGAAUGGCCUAUCUAUCAUCACAAACAAUAAUUCAUCGCGAUUUGGCGGCACGAAAUUUGCUACUCGGCGCCAAAAUGGAGGUCAAAAUCAGUGAUUUUGGCCUGUCGGAAAGUGGGCUGACGGAAAUUAAAGCCACCAAAAUUAAGGUGAAUUUACAGUGGGAUACUGUAGACGCCUUUAAAUGUACCUACAGUAGUUUGAAGGGACAUACACUCGCUUCGCUCGAGGAAUUUUGAUCUACACUCGCGCCAGAGGCGCUCGGGAUACUGUAGACCGCUCAAAGGAUCAUACAGUAUCCCGAGCGCCUUGGGCGCGAGUGUAGAUCAAAAUUCCGCGAAAGCGGUUCGAGCGAAGCGAGUGUAUGUCCCUUUAGAUUACUGUAGAAGACUCAAGGUACUGUAGAUCAUAGAGGCUACAGUAAUUCAAAGGGACAUACACUCGCUCCGCUCGAACCGCUUACGCGGAAUCUUGAUCUACACUCGCGCCACAGGCGCUCGGGGUACUGUAUGUUUCUUUAACUCUCGAGCCGAGCGAGCCUAUGCUCCUUUAAAUUACUGUAGCCUCAAGUUAUCUGCUGCCCCGAGCGCCUUUGGCGCGAGUGUAGAUCAAAAUUCCACGCAAGCGGUUCGAGCGAAGCGAGUGUAUGUCCCUUUAAACUACUGUAGGUAAAUUUAAAGGCGCCUACAGUAUCCCAAGGAGCUCGAGAUACUGUAUGUUCCUUUAAUUGUCAAAUUUUCCAGGUUCCGAUCCGCUGGUUGGCCCCCGAAACCAUCGAACAACUGAUCUUCACGCCAAAAACCGAUGUUUGGUCAUUUGCCGUGACAAUGUGGGAAAUCUUCACAUUUUGUGCAACUGAUCCAUUUCCCGGUCUCACAAAUGCCGAAGCAAAAGAGAUUAUCAAAACAAAACAUCCGCCGAUGGAAAUUUCGACGAAUAAAAAGAUUCAUGGUCUGAUGUGCGAAUGUUUUAGCCGGAAUCCUGAAAAACGGCCGGAUUUUGAAGGGAUUUUGAAGAAAUUAUCGCCUGAGGAGAAGAAUGGUGGGUUUUUGGGGUUUUUUAGACACCAAACAGACUAUAAUAUGAGCAAUGUUGGAAUUUUGAAGCUAAAGAUUGCUCAUUUGACUAUAAUAUGAGCAAUGGGUAUAUGAGCAAAAUCGCAUAUUGCUCAGAUUAUAGUAAUUUUUGCAGGCGUCGAUUGAAGACAAAUUCUGAAGUUUUUCAUAAAUCUUAA